UGGGAGCCUUCCUAUUUGCAUGUUCUCCCCGUGCAUGUGUGGGUUUCCUCCCACAGUCCAAAAACAUGUUUCAAGGAUGGCAGCCUUUGUGUGCAGACUGUUACCGGCGGUGAGAGCAGCGUGUACCGGGACCCGGGGCUCCUCCCGGGGCUUCUGCUCGGUGACAGGACCGUGUACCGGGACCGGGGGCUCCUCCCGGGGCUUCUCCCGCUCCGCCAGCCGCUGUCAGCUGCAGGCGGAGGGCUGCGGGGUCCUGGCGGGUCGGACGGACCGGUUCGGCGGGGUGACCGUGAACCUGGAGGAGAGCGGACUGUCCGCGGACAUCAGCGAAGGAGCGUUCAGCGACAUCCUGAGAGACUCCCUGGCUCAGUGGAAGGCAGAAGGGAAGGUGGCGGUGUGGCUUCGGGUCCCCAUCGCUCUGAGUCGCUGUGCGGCCGCCGCCGCCGCUCACGGCUUCGCCUUCCACCACGCCAAGCACGACCACGCCGUGCUGUCGCUGUGGCUCGGGCGGGGGGAGAGCCGGCUGCCCGGCUUCGCCACGCACCAAGUGGGAGUGGCAGGAGCUGUUGUCGAUGAGUCCAGUGGAAAAGUUCUGGUUGUUCAAGAUAAAAACAAGACCAAGAACGCCUGGAAGUUUCCGGGUGGAUUGUCCGACCCUGGAGAAAACAUCGGCGUGACGGCGGUCCGGGAGGUGCUGGAGGAGACGGGCGUCCGCUCGGAGUUCCGGUCGCUGCUCAGCGUGCGGCAGCAGCACCAGCACCCCGGCGCCUUCGGCAUGUCGGACAUGUACCUCAUCUGCCGGCUGAGCCCGCUCUCCUUCGACAUCCACUUCUGCAGGGAGGAGUGCGAGCGCUGCGAGUGGCUGCCGCUGAGCGAGCUGGCCGCAACCCACCAUACCACCCCCAUCACCAGCCGCGUCGCCCGCCUGCUGCUGCACGGCCUGCGGGUCGGAUUCCAGCACGUGGACCUGACCAUGGAGCAGCUGCCCGCCGUCUACUCCGGGAUGUUCUACCAGCUGUACCACAGACCCCUCCCCCAGCACUGAGCUGCUCCGUCACCUCCACCCGCCUUCUCCUCGUUCAGAUGACUGGUCACUGCGGUGAAUGGAACAACGUCCUGCAGGUCUUCCAGUUCUGCUCUCAGGACGCUGAGGAUUCUCAGCAUCUGGAGGACGAUUCUUUAGUACUCAUCUCAUUCAUUAAAAGGACUGGUCAGUGUGAACAUUCAGCUCAACGAUCUCAAAACACUUCUGGGUUUGGGUUCCCGCUGAAACUCUGAUUCUGUGAAGGGAGGAAGGAUUGAGACCGGUUCACCUCCACGAGAGGAAAACUAGUCAAACUCUUCACUUUCCCUUCUACCGACUUCAUAAGUAACAAGAAUUAUCUUCAAAUUUAUUCUCCCUUUUGCAUGGCUGACUGUUGCUUUCCGUGUGUGUGUGUGUGUGUGUGUGUGUGUGUAGGUUGCAUUCAGCAGGAGAGAUGAGGUGUUGCAGAGUCUCAGCUGGUUUUUAACUGCUCGCUGGUUUUACUGUUUUGCUGUGAAGAUGUGAAGUCGACUUGAAGCCGAGGUUUCCUGUUCGAUGGGAUGGUUCCUCUAUCCUCCUGGUUUCUCUCGUCUGAGGAGGAUCACGGUCUUCUGCUGGGUCAGGAUUGUCUCCUCACACUGUGUUCAACCUGUGGACGGUACUGGACACUCCGAGACCCGGUUCAGGUCCGAGCAGAAGGCUUCUGGUUCAAACACUGUAACAACACAAGCCGUAGAAGAGUUUCUCUCCCAACAUCCAGGUUUAGAGUUCUGGGACAGGGUUCUGGUUCUGGGGCUGGGUUCUGGUUUAGAGCUCUGGAGAACCAGGUUCUGGGACUGGGACAGGGGCUGUAGUUUGGUGGUCUGGGGAAUCAGGGUCUCAUUCUGGGGCUGGGUUCAGGUUUAGAGCUCUGAGGCAACACACUGCAGUUCUGGGUUCUAGUUUGCUGGUCUGGGGAAUCAGGUUCAGGUUCUGGUUUGGUGGUCUGGGGCAGCAGCUUCUGGUUCUGGGUUUCCCUCCUGGUUUUGGUCUCCGUCUCUGGGGCUUUAGCUUUUGGCAGACAUGGGGAGGAAGAGGAUGGCCUUCUGACCCGGUCCGGUCUUGUUUCCAGACUUGUACUGCCCGGUCCGCUUCAGGGCCACGUACAUGUUGGGGUACUUCCUGGACCGGUACGUGUUGUAGUUGUUGCUCUCCAGUCGCUCUAAGAAGUGACACUCGUCUGUGGCUCGUCUCUGGAGGGAACAGACACACGGAGAAGAGGUCCACGGUUCAGUUCCUGAACAACCUGAUCCUGAACUGAACUCGAACAAACGGAUCCUGAACCUGAACUUGAACAAACUGAUACUGAACAUCAUGUAACUGAAAUUUCACCACAAACUGUGAAAACAACAUUUCACCUCAUGAAAACGGUUUUUAUUGCUUUCUGCUUGAAUUCAUUUUGGGUUCAUUUUAAUUUGACUAUAUUGAUGAAUGUGUGAUUUAUUAUGAGAUUUUAAGUGUGAGCAUAAAUAAAUCAUUACACCUGA